CGCCUCUCCGCCCCCCCCGCCCGGCCGCCGCCGCCAUGGAGUCGAACCGGGACGAGGCGGAGCGGUGCAUUAGUAUCGCGCUGGCCGCCGCCAAGGCCAACCAGCCCGACAAGGCCCGCCGCUUCCUGGAGAAGGCGCAGCGCUUGUACCCCUCGCAGCGGGUCCGCGUUCUGCUUGAGUCACUCAACAAGAACGAGCAACCAGCCAAUGGCCAGUCCCAGUCCAAGGAACCCACAAACCCUCAGUUCAGGAAAAUGAGUGGAGAUUUCCCAUCAGCCAAUGGAGAGGCUGGGGGGGAGGCCCCCAAGGGCUACACUCAGGACCAGCUGGAUGCAGUGAAGAGGGUAAAGCAGUGCAAAGAUUACUAUGAAAUUCUGGGAGUCAACAGAGAAGCUUCUGAUGAGGAUCUGAAAAAGGCCUACAGGAAGCUGGCCCUGAAGUUCCACCCGGACAAGAACCACGCUCCAGGGGCCACAGAGGCCUUCAAAGCCAUCGGGAACGCGUACGCCGUGCUGAGCAACCCGGAGAAGAGGAAGCAGUACGACCAGUUCGGGGAUGAGAAGCUCAACCCCACCCGCCACGGGCACAGCCACGACUUCCACCGCGGCUUCGAGGCCGACAUCUCCCCCGAGGACCUCUUCAACAUGUUCUUUGGGGGUGGCUUUCCCUCCAGUAACGUUCACGUGUACAGCAAUGGCAGGAUGAGAUACACCUACCACCAGAGGCAGGACAGGCGAGAGCACCAGGGGGAUGGUGGCCUGGGGCUGUUUGUCCAGCUGAUGCCCAUCCUCAUCCUGAUCAUCGUGUCUGCUCUCAGCCAGAUGAUGGUCUCCAGCCCACCCUACAGUUUGAGCCACAGGCUGUCUGUGGGUCACACACACAAGAGGGUCACAGAGCACUUGAAAGUCCCCUACUACGUGUCCGAGAGCUUUGCUGAGGAAUACACGGGCACCAGCCUGAAGAACGUGGAGCGGAGCGUGGAGGACGACUACAUUGCAAACCUACGGAAUAACUGCUGGAGAGAGAAGCAGCAGAAGGAAGGCUUGUUGUACCGGGCACGCUACUUCGGGGACUCGGAUCUGUACCAGCGGGCGCAGAAGAUGGGCACCCCCAGCUGCAGCAGACUGUCAGACGUCCAGGCCUCCCUGCACUGAUAGCCCCAGCCCAAGUAUGAGCAGGGAAGCACAUUGCUUUGAUCACUGAGAUCCCUGAUUGAGACACAGCCCUCCAGGAGUCUCCUCGGGGUGCAGGGUCCCCUCCGAGCAGCGCUCCCUCGUUAAAUCAGGAAUUGAUUGGGUUUCCUUUGCAUGUCGGCACCCUCGGCUCUCUCCAGGCUCCCUGUUUUCUCUGGCCUCUGGGAGCAGGGCAGCACCCCUUGGUGGGGUUGGAAGUUGUUUUCUGUGCUGUGGCAUCCAGCCCCCACGCUUUAAUGAACUCUUGGUUUUGGUUGUUUUGUUGCCUGUUUUGCUGGGAAAGCCGUUAUCCCCAGCACGUGCUGACAGGGAAUGGAGUCCCAUCCAACAGAUGUUCCUUUUCCCCCCCUCCCAUGGCCUUCCCAUUCAAGGAGAACAAAGCAAAUGUUCCCAGCAGGUUGUAGAAGUAACUUACUGGGUUAAACUGGCAACAAAAGGAAAAGCAGCUGGUGGGGGUGGUCUGGAAGAUUUGGAGAGCUUGGACUAAGAAGAGCCUGAAUAACACAUGUGAGACCCGAUGUGCUGGGAGAACUGCACCAAAAUAAUGAAAAAAAAUUGCCACAGGGUUUGGAGUCCUUUUUCUGCACAAAUUUUUGGGCUGAUUUCACCUACCAGGUACUGCUGGGCUGGCUGUGAAAUGUGCAGAUCCCACUACCCCAGAAUUAUCUGAACACAGGAUUUCUAUGGAAGAACUCCUGGGUGAAGCUUAUCCCAGGCAUUGUGUGGACACCAUUCCAGCUCACAGGGAUUCCUUGAGGACUGAGCUGCUUCAUUUGCAGUUUGGACAAUCUGAAAGUUUGGCCUUUAAAGCAGAUCCUCUGGGACACUUUGGGCUUUUUUUUUUUUUUUUUGGGUGUAUCCUGGUUUUGGAUCCGUUCUUAUCUUGAUCAGCCCGCUCUCUCAUUUGGAUGACUGUGCCUCUUCUGGUGUUAAUUACCUGCUUUUCUUUAAUUCCCUCCCUGCACCCGUGGUCUGGAAAGAGCCUGGAGAAGCUGCUGUGGGGUGGGGAAGGCAGGGGGAGUCACAGAUUGUCCAGAGAGGAGACUGACACCGCUGCUGCUUUUGUUCCCAGAAAUGCCUGAAGACUUUUGGGGAAGUGCACCCAGCCGAGGUGACAGACUUUGCUAUUUAAAAAGAAUCAAACCUUACCUGAAAAAUGGAAUUGGAGAAUUAGCAACGCACAACUGCCCCUCUCUCUUCUCUCUGCCCCUCUCUGACGAUCACAGGCGGUGCUUGGGACAGGAAAUCCAGCUCUCAGUCUUCCUUCCCCCCCUCUUCCAACACUGCUGGCGUGCUCCCAGCAUCCCACAAGGAUCCCACAGCUCCUGGAGCAGACACCCAGAGUGGAAAAUAACCCAAACUAACUGCAGAAGUCCUGAAGCAGAGGGGACCCUUCGCCGCCGCCAGUGGAGAGAGAAGUGGGACAAUUUGUUGAUAAAAGAAAACACUAAAGAGAAAGAAAAGAAAAUAUAAUCUAUUUAGCAUUAAUUUAUAGCUGUAUAUAUGUUAUACUUUUAAACUAUGCAGGGGUUAGAUGAUUAAAUUAUUUUGGUUUCUGUCCGUUUUGGGGAGCAGGACAGCAGGGAAACAGGAAUCCCUGUGCACUUGCUGUGCUUUGCUCACAGGAGGACAUUCUAUGGAUGGGGAUGUCCAUACACCUGCUCUUGGGGUUCUGAAAAACUAAAAUCCCAGAAGUGCAGGGGGUCCCAGAGAGCGUGGUGUGGAUGUGCAGCGUCGGCAGGAGCCAGGGGUCAGCUGAAGGAUUGUCCUGGAUGGAUUUUGCUCGUCAGUCUUUGGUUUUCAUUUGUGCACAUAGCUCCCUUUUUCUGCCGAGUCUGCUGGAAUUCUGCCUGCUAAUCAGGGCUUUCCAUCAGCCUGGCCCUUUGUUGGGAGGUUUUGUGCGUGUCCUCACCCACCCAGCCCUGGCCUUCACACCCCAGCUCGUGUUUCCUGGAGGACACCUGGAAAAUGCCACAAAUCCACAAGGAACAAAGCAUUCUGCUGGGGGAGAUCAGGGGUGUCUGCUCUGCCCUCUGCCCCACCAAGGGCAAGACCAGUGGGAGGCUGCUCCAGGUGAGGAGCCAUCUCUUGGAAGCAAAGCCAGCAUGAGCAGAGCCACCUCCCAUGGAAUAAACUGGAUUUUUUUUAAUUUUUUUUUUUUUCCUUCUGCUGCUCUGCAGCUCAUUCGUGUCUAAAGACAUUUCCAGUGAAAAUCAUCCCCUGGCACAGUCAGGGGGGUGAGUUGGGAGCAGAGCAACUCCUGGGUGGGCUGGCAGAAGUGGUUUUAUCCCGUUGUCCUUAGGAAUCCCUGCGCUCUGUCUUGGCUGUUUAUUUAUUUUGUGAAAUCUCAGCCUCCCCUUGGCUGCAAGCCCUGUUAUCCCACAGCCACCAUGGCUUGGACCUGAUUUUAUGGGGUUUUAUCCUUUUUUUUUUUUUUUUUUUUUUUUUUUUCAUGGUUCCUCUACCUUCAAAAGAAAUUGGGGUGGAAAUUCAGGAUUGGAAAUAGAGGCACAGGGAUGAUGGGGACGGGGUUAAACCAAAAUCCUGCUCCCAGAAGGAGCUGGAGGUGUUGCCCAGUGCCAUUCCCUGCCUGGAGCCUGCCCACCAAAGCCUUUGGGUUAUUUUUCCUGGUAGAUAUCCAUGGAUCAUAAGGAGGGAGAGUGGAUCCCAGUGGAUGCUCACAGAGGCUGUAUCUCUCAAUUUAGAGUUAAUUAUACAAUUGUACAUCUAUAAAUAAAUGUUUAUAAUGUGAAAAGCUC